UCGAGCAAGUCGAGCAAAAUAUUUGCAAUCAUGCAGCCUCUGCUCAUAUUUUUAUCGCCGUCAAAUAGUAGGGUUUCCCGCCAACGCACAAAUCUACUUACUCCAUGCCAACGACGACUUUCUCCUUCGGUAGUUGUGGUCCUGGAACCUGGAACAAGAAAGCCUCCACUAAAUGAUACACACGCCUCUGUCUCUGUGUGUUCUACUCUAUGUACUUGCAUUAGACAUGCAUAUAGCGCGCGCAUGCACGAAGAGAAGGCAGAUUGUUUCCAAAAGGAGCCUCCACCGGGCCUUCACCCUCGUUUUUGUUUGCCAGCCAAGUCCUGCUCUUCAGGCCCAGACGGAGGGUCUCGGUUACCAGAUCAAACCAGUUAUCACAUUUGUUGACCUUUCCAUACUAGCAAAUCUUCAGAUCAGAUGGAGCCGGUUUCUCCAAGUUUCCAGGCCGCCUUUGACAAUGUCUGCCCUCAAGCGGCCAUUGGAAAUGGAACCAGUGUUUAGGCGGUUGAGCCAAAUGACUCGUUGAUUAGUGCCGAGACGCGCCGUAAACACGGGGCAAAAUGCCGUGCCCCUUGUUGGACACGCCAAGUUCUGCGGUUUGCAACGCCAAGAAUAAGGACAAGAUCUUCGAUGUGCUAAUUGUAGGCAAUGGUCCUUCAGCGAUCACAUUGUCAUAUUUCCUGUCAGGCAACGUUCCAGUUUAUAAUGGAACAGUGGAAGAUCCUCUCCUCCACACUCGAUUAAUGGAUCAUCCGGAUGUGCCACUGGUUCUCCAAAGUAUCGAAGAACUCGCCAUGGGUUGUGAGGGACGCUCCAACAAUCCGGUGAGCGUAUUCUUUGAUUGUCUAAACCAUCCUGGAGCCGACAUGGGUGAGGAAAGACCUUCUUUGCUUCGUUGGGAAUCAAGACCAGACCUGAAGGUCAACCAUAUGGUCAUUGGAAAAGGCCGACCUGGCGGAUGUUGGCAAUCCAUGGAGGGCGACGUCCAGACCGUCAGUUUGGGAAGCUGGAUGGAACUUCCGAAUCGGACCAUGUCUGACACGAACUUGAGUAAUUUCUCGCCCACCAAGCGGGCCAAAGUGUCCUCCGUGGCCCAAUACUACCAAGAGUACGUCAACCACAUGGACAUGAACGAUCAAUUCCUUCACAACGCCACGGUCACUCGAGUCCACGAGAUGGUGGAAUGCGAAUUCCCCUCCAAGAUCCCCAGAAGCACACAGUCUACCUCCAACCUCCCCAAGAAUCAACAUGUCGAAGAGCAAAAUGCCGUGUUUCAACAGGAGCACAUGUUUGAUGAAGAGGACGAGAUUCAACCACCGGAGGGCUCGCUUCCGAUCUUAAAACGAUCCGAUUUCUGCGAGGCCGAAGCUCGGUGCUACUCUUGCUCUUGUUCAGAUUCUGGUUGUAGUUGUGGCAUUUCGGAGUCAACCUCAUGUUGCAGCUCGGGAGCGCAAGAGACGCUGGCCCCUCUGCCCAGGUUUGAGAGGUCCACAUCUUUGACCAGGAAUUCGCUCAGUACGACGCCUCACGGGCUCCAGAUCCAGAACAGUUACCGCCAAUUUUGCAUCCAACAGAACAAUCAGAUGGACCGGAAAUUCUCGGAUUGCCACCUCGAGGAGUACUCGGCCAGGGAUGGGGACGUGGAGGAUGUGAUUUGCGCGUGGGAUCCGAUCGUCAAUCCGGAACUGUUUUGCAGCCGAGGAUCCUACCAGUCCCACGGGGGUCUAUCCGUUUGUUCUCAGGCGGAGGGCAGCUGGGUCCGAAGACGGUCGAUCUCGAUUUGCUCGGCUCUCGAGUUUCCCCGUCCUACCAAGUGUACGGUCUCGGAAUGCUUUCCCAACACAAAUCGACUCUUUGCCAUCGAGGGCUUUACGACCGAUCCGGCCACGCACAGCCAGGAGCACUUUCAAGUCUGGACCAAGAACUUGGUCUUGGCCACGGGUAUGUUCGAUCGCCCCAAUGACAUCGACAUUCCCGGGGAACAAGAGGCCUUUGUGUACCACUCGCUCAAGGAUCUCGAGGCGAAGAUCUCCUGUCACGAUUUGACUCCCGACUCGGAUCCAGUUUUAGUCGUGGGUGCGGGUCUCUCAGCCGCCGAUGCGGUUCGGAUGGCGACGGGUGAAAACAUACCCAUUCUCCAUGCAUUUCGUCGGGACGCCAAAGAUCCCAACUUUGUAUUUAAGAAGCUGCCCAAAGCUUUAUACCCUGAAUAUCACGAGGUCUUUAGGAUGAUGACAACUCCUGUGGAAGAGACUCAUUUUCCCCAAACUCGUGAUCCUAAGUACCUGCCGUUGCCUGCCCAUCAAGUGCUUCACAUUGGGGCAGACCGAAGCGUGACCUUGGUCCACGCUGGACAGACCGUUGUCUUCAAAGUAUCGUACGUGGUGGUCUUGACCGGGUCCCUGCCAGAUUUGUCGUUCUUGGCCCCCAAUCUGUCGGCCAAUUUGGGCAUCCUCAAGAACGAGCCCAUUAGUCGAAACAACCCGGUGGACAUUGACAUCUUCACCAACGAAGUGGUUGAUGAGCCUGGGGUUUACGCCAUGGGACCGUUGGUGGGCGACAACUUUGUGAGGUUCCUCCAGGGCGGAGCCUUGGCGAUUGCCUCUCAUAUUUUACAGAAGAGCAACAACAUCAACGCUAAAACGUGUUCAUGAAUCCUCCCCGUCAAAGUUUAAAAGUCUAUGGAAAAGUAUAUCUCACUCUGUUAUAACAUUGUAAGGUAUUUUUGUUACGCGCAAUCGAUGACCAAACGAGUGGGAUUCACGUUCUCAAAUCCGUUGAUGAAAAUCUAUCUACGUAUAUAAUAUCAAUAUCAAAAUUUAGCUUACUUUCACACUAUGAAAGACACAUUCAAAUAAAUCAAUCUGUGAUUUUAAGGAUAAA